ACCACAUAAUACACAAAUCAAACAAAGACGCCUUUGCUUUAGUUAUAUUUAGCCCUCUGGUAAAGUCAACACACGGGUGUUUUAAAUGCCAUCCCAUAUCUGUGAAUGCCUAAAAAAAAAACAAAAAAAGAAAACGCGGAAGCCGAGUCAAGUUUUUCUGUUGUUUAUCUCCACACGGACAUCUCUGGCCAAUCCCAGCGCUAACCAUGCGGUGAAUGCAGCUGGGUGCUGAGGGUUGUUGUGGAGGGGGAGCAGCCGAGACCGAGACACCGAGUGACCGCUAGCUUCAUGUCAACCGCGCAGACGUUACUCAACCAGCGAGAAGCGGAAGAGGGAGAGACACGAGAGAGAGCGAGAGAGACAGGGGGGGGGACCCUGCUCGGAAAGGGAUAUUUCUGCGCCGUUUGAACCCGACAGAUAUUUCACAUCGAUUUAAGGGUUUAUUUUUUACUUAAACAAGAAAAGGAGCUCGGGAGUAUCAGCUUAGCCAACCGCCAUCUCUUCUCAGUCGGAGCGGCCGCCGUGUCUUCCUCACCAUGGGGAACGCUGCCACCGCCAAGAAGGGCAACGAGCUAGAGAGCGUGAAAGAGUUUCUAGCCAAAGCCAAAGAAGAUUUCUUACGGAAAUGGGAAUGCCCACCACAGAGCACAACGUGCCUAGAUGACUUUGAAAGAUUAAAGACCCUGGGUACUGGCUCAUUUGGAAGAGUCAUGCUGGUGAAACACAAAGGAACAGAGCAAUACUUUGCCAUGAAAAUACUGGACAAGCAGAAGGUGGUGAAACUCAAGCAAAUAGAACACACGUUAAAUGAAAAAAGGAUAUUACAGGCAGUGAGCUUCCCCUUUCUCGUCAAACUUGAGUAUGCGUUUAAGGACAACUCCAAUUUGUACAUGGUGAUGGAGUACGUUCCAGGAGGAGAGAUGUUUUCACACCUAAGACGAAUUGGAAGGUUCAGUGAACCACAUGCACGGUUUUAUGCCGCCCAGAUAGUGCUGACAUUUGAGUACCUCCAUUCACUAGAUCUCAUAUACAGAGAUCUGAAACCCGAGAACCUUCUCAUUGACCACCACGGCUACAUUCAGGUGACAGACUUUGGAUUUGCCAAGCGGGUAAAAGGCAGGACCUGGACGUUGUGCGGGACCCCGGAGUACCUGGCGCCAGAAAUCAUUCUCAGCAAAGGCUAUAACAAAGCUGUGGACUGGUGGGCUCUCGGUGUCCUCAUCUAUGAAAUGGCAGCUGGCUACCCUCCAUUCUUUGCAGAUCAACCAAUUCAGAUCUAUGAGAAGAUCGUGUCUGGGAAGGUGCGAUUCCCCUCCCACUUCAGCUCAGACUUAAAGGAUCUGUUGAGAAACCUACUGCAGGUGGAUCUGACAAAACGUUAUGGCAACCUGAAGAACGGAGUCAACGACAUCAAGGGCCACAAAUGGUUUGCCACAACAGACUGGAUCGCAAUCUACGAGAGAAAGGUGGAAGCCCCGUUCAUACCAAAGUGCAGAGGCCCAGGGGACACCAGCAACUUCGACGACUACGAGGAGGAGGAAAUCCGCGUUUCUUUAACGGAAAAGUGCGCAAAGGAGUUUGCAGAGUUUUAGGAUGCGAGAACAUGGAUAUAUCAGGGAAAUAAGGGGAUCUUUGCACUCUUCUAAAGACUUGGGAUGGAGCAGAGACCAUCGUUUUUCAGAUCUACUACAUAGUCCCUUCAUUCCAUCGGGCUGGAUGAGGUCGCCAUGAUCCUUUGGGUGCCGAUAACCUCUCACUGUCACAUACACCUGCGUAUUAAAGCAGACACACCACUUUUUUCUUUUUUCUUUUUUUUGUACCUACCCACUGUUUGUUUUUUUUUUUUUUUACUUUGAAGCAGUUAGUCUUGGAUGUUGUUAUCCCCUUUUAAAAUGUGAUAUUUUUUCAAUUUCCUGAGGAAAAACUGAGACAAUGGCCAAUAAUAAUCCACACAUUGUAACUGACUCGUCUAUGGCAGUUCGACACACAGUUCUGUUUGUCGUAUACUACUUCCCUCUAGUCGUCAGCGGUGUUGUUUACCGGUCUGUUACAGGUUCACAUCACAUUGGCUAUUUGUAAAAUUCUGGCCAGCUAGGUAGCAUUUGUCCUAUGUGCAUAUCUGUCAGUUUUGUAAGGCAUUUGAACACAUGGAGUGUUGAAAGCAUGACCAAAUAGAAAACACUGGGUGACACAAGAAGAACGGUCUUUUCCUUUCUUUGCUUUUUGCCUAGAGAGCCGAGUCCUCAGACCCCCACAGAAGCAUCCAUUCACUGUCUUCUUGGUAUUCUGACCCAAGCACAGCAAGCCAUCGCAGAAAAUGACAAACCUUGUUACAUUAAGAGGCAAAUCAAGUCGUUUGUUUGAUCCUUUUGGAUCUGUUAGUUACAUGUAAAAUUUGUCAUUUGGUAUCUUAUUAUUUUUUGUCGCUGUGUCUAACAUUAUAGUCAUAUUGUCCCUAGAUUUCGGGUCUGCUUAUAAAGGCCCUUUCUUAUGAGUCUGUGGAACAAUGUGACUUAAGUAAAUGGAAAAAAGAGUGAGGUGAAAUCCUUUUUAUAGGAUUUUUAUUGAGUGUAAUGUAAAGUCGAGAAGGUCGGUGUGGAUAGUGUUGCGGCUUUGUGCCUCAACCUUUUUAGUGAAACCUUUAAAAAAAAAAGAAUUUGUAAUGUAUUAAAUCAAAGAUGUUUUAAAAUCUUAAGAAACGGGAAAGCAAAACUUAUUUACCAUAUUCUCCCUGUUACCACCCAAAAACUGUUUUCUUUGUUUCAUUCUUAUCAAAGAAUGUAGAUUUGCAACUUAUAGGUAUGCAUAUUUGAAAGCUUGUUUUCAAGGUACAGUUUUCCUCACAAUACACUGGCUAAAAUAAAGACUGCUCCUUUGUAUCACAUGUAACCCUGUUAUUGUUAAACUCAUUACAUCAUACAUAUAUACAUUAUUUCAUAUAUGUUUUUAUUUAUACACAUUAGAGAUGCUAAUAAAUUUUAUUUUUAAAA